CAGCAGAUGAAACAUUGGUACAGUAUUCAGAUGGGGCUGAAGUCCAGUGCUGAUAGUGCCCCAAUGAACUCUGGGAUACAAGCUGACUGUUUGGAUCUUUCUUAUUAAAUUCAAUAGUACGCCAGUAUCAGUCUGACGCUCACGGCUUGGAUGUGAACGAUCAAUCAUGCUGAUGUUUUGGAUUUUUGUGUUUCUGUUGGCAUGUGUUCAGACCGAACCAUUACCUGCCAAAAACAUCCAUCUGCUCGCUCCAGAGGAGCACAAAUUCAUCCUUAACCUCGGACAAAAAGAGAUUCCCACAGACUGUCACGAGCUGUGGCAGGCAUCAGGUGGGCACGCACGGGACGGCGUGUAUCUCAUUAAACCCGCGGAUGCGCCCAUCGUCGUCUACUGCGCCAUGCAGGAGGGCGGCUGGACGGUCGUGCAGCACAUCACGGUCAACAGCACCGUGGACUUCGACCGCACCUGGGACGAAUACAAGCGCGGAUUCGGAUCCCUCACCGGCAACCACUGGCUGGGCAACGACUACCUGCACGAGCUCACGGGCGGACCUGCGCGAUACAAGCUCGCCGUCAAACUUGUAGACAAAGACGCCGUGACGAAGACGGGCGAGUACGACCCAGUGCUGGUGGAGAACGAGGACGCCCAGUAUCGCCUGCGUCUGGGUCUCUAUCAGGGCACCGCCGCGGAUGCUCUCACCAUGGAUACGGAGAACUAUCUCCAUGACAACCAGAGGUUCACCACCAAAGACAGAGACAACGACAACUACUUCCAAAACUGCGCCCGGCUGGAGUUUCAGGGCGUGGCGGGCGGAGGCUGGUGGUACGACGCAUGCGCGGGUGCCAAUCUAAACCGCAGGAACGUGAUUUACUGGCAGAAGGAUUGCAACAAAGAGCAUCUGUGUAAAUAUGCCUGGAUGAUGGUGAAGCCUUCAGAUCGAGCGAAGCCUCAGACUUCAGGAGACUGCAAGAAAGAUGAACUCUGAUUUCAGCUGAAAUACUCUACUACUGUAAAAUACUGCCGAGGCCAAAGAUUUUAAACUGGGCGGACCUCAAUGCCUACUCUUAAAUUACAUCGUUUUACAAUAUAGUGCGGAUCAUUUUUGAGUUAUGUAUUUUUCGGAUUAGCAAAAAAUGGAAAUAAAGAAAACGAAAUCAAGAAAUUAUAAGCAUAUGAAAAUAGAAUAGAACAAAGUUACAAAUAAAUUAUAACAGCAAUAAAAUCAAAUAAAUAAUAACACUGUCUUCUUCAUUCUGUACAUUAAAUAUAAUUCAUCUUUUGAAGUGAUUUUCCUUUUGAUCUCUGUUGUUUGAUUUACAUAAGCAGAUUUAAGCAGAGUACUGCCACUUUAAGACCGGAUAAGCACGGAUGCAUAUAAAUAUAAUUCUAUAUGAAUAGUUAUUUAUUUCUGAAUGAUGUAUAUAAGAGCGAUCAUUAUUACAGAGAUUAUUAUAAUUUAUGCAUGAUUUCUUUUGCUUUUAUUUUGUGUCUCUUCUGGGCCAGGGCCACCUUUGCCCUUAUGUAUCCUCGCCACUGCUGAAGAGAUAAAGACCAUCAUUAAACACAUGCUGUAUAGUACUAUAUUAUUAUCAUCAAUACUUUAUUCAGUGAACGGACAUUUAAAUACCUGUACUAUAAAAUCCAGUAGGUUUUAUGACGCAGAUAGAAACAGACAUCACAAGUCAUUUUAAAUGCUUUCAAUCCUUUAAACAAGUAGAAGGUUCUUAUGUUAAUGAUAAAUGUACUUGUUUACUGUAUAUUUACAAUAAAUAUUCUCAUUCUAAGCACCAAUAGACAAAAAGUCCUACAG